AUCCGUUAUCCUUUUAGACGAAGUUGAUUGUGUUUAAUUGUGAUCAAAGCGUACAUGUGUUGUUUUGUAAAACUGCAGUGUGAAAAAUAGUUAAUAUGGAUAACUUGAAUGCCUACAACAAUGCAAGUUACGAGCAAAUGGAAGACAUUCCAUUACCUGUAUUUUCUGAAACUAAUAAUUCGCUUGAUUAUAAGAACGUGCGUCUUGAUACAGCUAUUUUACUGUUCAGGAUUUGAAUCAAAUCACAACAUGACUGCGACUGAAUCGGUAUACUCACAGCGCGUUAUUACUUCUCAGCCUCUCUCAGGAAGCAAUGGAAGCUUAGAGUCUUCUGGAAAUAGAAGAGCCAUACCCAUAUCAGUAAUAAAUCGAGAUAAUUUUGGUACAACGUUCCAAUCGCCUAUUAAUGGUCUCGACCUAAUGAGAAAUGCUGAUCAACUGAUUAUUCAACAAAACUGUGAUGUAACUGACUUAAUAGCCGACACGGAAAAUAGAUACACAGUGAAAGUAGCUGCCAGAGAAUCCGCCGAAGCGAUUUACUAUGCCACAGAAAGCUCCACAUCUUGUCACAGAAUGUGCUUUGGAUCAGGUCGAGCUUUCAAUAUGCGAUUAUACGAUGGCUCGGAUCAGGAAGCGAUGUCUUUUAAAAGACGAUUGGGAUGUGGGUACUGUACCUUUUGCUUCCACCUCCAGAAAAUGGAAGUAUGGGUGCCACCUGGAGAGCUGGUGGGAACAAUUUCUCAGAGAUGGAGAGGUCUUCAGACAUCGUUUGAAGUUUGCAAUCGGCACGAGGAAGUUUUAUAUAUAAUCGAAGGGCCCAGAUCAUUUGCUUGCUUCCACAAAGCGGGGAUUUUUCAAAUAUACACCUGCGAUGGAGCGACUCAAAUUGGUACAAUUGUCCAUCAGUGGGAUACAGUUUCCGGAGGAUAUCAGCUAUUGUUACAAAUGCCUAGUUCCAUCACUGAUAAUCGUCAUAAAGCUCUGUUGCUGGGAUCCGCAUUUUUAUUGGAGUACAUGUUUUUUGAAAGCACCCAGAAAAAGACGAAUUUAGGGUGUUUCUGCUAAUGCAACAUUUUUUUCAACCGAAAUAAAAUGUGUUACUUUACGUUACUCAGCAAUUAAUUGAAUUGUAUAUAUUUUAUGAUAAAUAAAUCCACUAUUUCUGUACA